UAAUUCGUUUAACUCUUGCAGAAAAGUUAAGGUUGAAUGAGUUUGUCUUGUUACUGUAUUUCGUUGUUUAAUUUUCUUCUAAACUGAAGUGAAAAUGUCUGGAGCCUUGCGUCUUAUUAUACUUGCCACUAUUAUGGCUGCAAUCAGUCUAACAGUAGAAGCAGAAUUUGCAACAAUUCGUGUUCCACAAAAUUUUGGUUGUUCGAAUGGACGCAAAGAUGGAUUAUUUCGUCACCGUGACGUGUCAGCUUGUAAAGGCACUUGGGAGGGUCAUGUUAGAGAUGCACCACUGUGCAGUCUUGGAUGGCACGUUUGUUCCUGGAAUGACACAGAACAACUGUCGGGUAUAUCUUGGUAUCAAACUGUCCACAUCGAGGGUUGUUAUGCCAUAAAUGCUGCGAACAGAGGAGAUUUGUGCACAGAGUGUUCUUCCGAGAACGAUGACUUGGCUGGAAUUGGAGCUGACUGUCCACAUCAGAAUCAGAAUGACCGAUCAUGUUUUGGUCGUGGUAAAGUUACCGCAAGUUCGCGAAUGUUUAGGCAUCGACCAUGCGAACACAAACCUUGGAUGACUGGUGUUGUGUGCUGCCGAGACAGACGGAAAGGUUCUACUCCCAUAAUAACUGUGUCGCCGGUGUCGUCAGUACAGUCGCCAGCGGGAGUUGAAAUCGUGCUCAAAUGUAAAGCUGUCGCCAGUCCUCUUCCUGAAAUAACUUGGUACAAGAAUGGCUUUCAAGUAAACACUGUCGGUGUUACUGUUGAAGAGGUCGCCCAAGACAAAUUGGUUUACUCCAAACUGCGCAUUUCACCUCUUGCUGACGAUGUUGAAGGUCUAUACAUGUGCAAAGCUGAAAACAGACAUGGCAUUGCGGUAUCGUACACGUCGGACGUCACCGUAAUUCAAGCCAGACCUAAACUGGUCGCUUGCAGGGACAAAGCAAAGCAGAGUUUGCUGCACGGUGGCGUAAUCGCGGCAUGCGGUGGAAAGUGGAAGGGAACGGUCAAAAAGUCGUCGAAGCAGCUCUGCGCAAAGGGUUGGCAUGUAUGUGGUCUUAGAGAUAGAAGCAUUCUAAACAAACUAACUUGGGCUGAGACGGUUUCACUAAGUGGGUGUUACGCAUAUGAUGCAGCAACAUCAGACCACUUUGCUUGCAACAGGUGUUCGCGACGUCUGAAAGGCAACAGCAUGGCUGGCAUUGGUGCCAACUGCGGCUCGCUUGAAAGAAGCAAAACAUCUUGCCUCAACAAAGGUCGUAUCGGUGUUUGGCAGAAGCAAUUCCUGGAAGGUGGUAAUUCUACUGACGAAUUUGACGUCACAGCCACUGUACAAGACGGCGUAUCGGCCAAAACAAGGUCGUCAUGUCGCUACCACAGAGGUGUUACCACGGGCGUGAUGUGUUGUAAGAAGAAGGGUUCCAAACGAAAAGAUCCGGUAUGCAGCCCAGGCUGUGAGAAUGAUGGAGUCUGCAGAGUGGGCAAUUUUUGCGAAUGUCCGGCUGGGAGAUCAGGUUUUCGCUGCGAAGUUUUAAACACAGCAGCGCACGGGAAAAAAUGCGCAACGCCUUGUGGUCCAAACAGUCAUUGCAAUAGAAAGGGUGUUUGUAAGUGUGACAAGGGUUUCAAGUCCACAAAGAAUUCUUGUAUCCCGCGUAAGAAUCGUUCUAAAGGAAAAAAUCGAGGUCGCAGGUGUCGUGGUGUGAAUUGCCAAAACGGUGGCCGCUGCAGCAGAGGGUCCUGUAUCUGCCCACCAUUAUUCACAGGCCAAUAUUGUGAGACCGCUUUCGUUGACCAAUCACAGCUCACAUUACAUUGAAUGCGGAACCGCCCACGGUAACAAAUAUUCUAACAUUUCUAUGUCACAAAGAUAAAGCGACGUCAAGAGUGACGUAGAUAUCAAGUAUUAACAUUCUACCUCAGCUUGUUGCAGACCUUAAUCUGCCUUCGAUAAUUUAUACCGAACACGCUUUACCACAGCAGAAUUUACCGCGUAACCAUAUUACCAUGGUAACAAGCUCACAUACGAAUUGCACAUUCACGUCUUCUUCAAAUCUGUAUUAACUAAUUUAUGCACCUGCACAAAUACUGUUGUAUUACCCAUUAUGGUUAUAUUUAAACCCAAUUUAAUGAAAGUCACAUAGCUUUUUAAAAAACUCAAAUACCAUACGCGAUGUAUAUAAAUAAGUGCCCCAGAUUCGCUAUUUUUUCAUGUUUCUCGAUCUUAUCUCACUAUGUUUUAGUUAAAAAGUUUAUUUAACUAACAAAACAAAGUUGUAAAACAACAGUUAUUUUACAUCAAUUAAAAUAUAUUCCAGGUUUUUCGAUGUAUUAAUUAAUGCCUGAAACUUUGAACAAUACCUGAUGUCGUUUGUAAAUAGUUUGAAACUCGCUUUCGCCCUUACAACUAUGUUCCAUUAUGAUGUAGUCAGCAACAACAUGUUACCAACCUACAAUUAUAUUUUACAUCUGUUUUAAAGGUUGUUGUACAAACUUUAUGAUCACCCUUCGUUCGGUUUGGGAAAUUCUGAGAUAUUGAAUGAAAUUGCAGUUUAAUAAUAAUUCAAACUAUAUAUAUAUUCGCUUCAAGCGAGGGUUUUGUUACUUUGGCUAAGUAUAUAUCCAAUUGUCCUUUCGCAGCUCUUUGUAGUUUGGCGAGUAUCUUUAGUUUGUACAUUUUUGUGUUUUUCCAAGUGUUACUUAUCGUCCUGUAUACAGCGCGACUAUAUAGACUCUUCUAACAACGUAACAAGCAGAUUCACUUUAUUUCCGUUUAUCGUUGGGAGCUCAAGUAAUUACCACUGUGUCCACUCUGGCUAUAAAUAAUGUUAUCUUGAUAUUUUAAAAUAUUACAAAUUAAGGUGUACAUGUUUAUUUCCCGGCUUUUCUGCAACUGAAUUACCACUUUUAAAAUGGAGGGUACCUUUACAGUUUAGUUGCAUAAUCACUUACGAGUAAUCUUGCCCGCGCCUACUACUGUUUAUUAUCUUCCAUGUUCUACACAUACUAUUUCAUUGUAACCGGAAAUAAACCAAACGAAACCAACA